UUUAAAGCACAUGAUCAGAGUAUGCUCGUGAUCAACAGCACUGAAGAAUGAAGCCUAAAAGUCAAGAGGGAAUCUGAUUAACAAUAUACUUUCUUUCUUUCUUUGACUUGUGUGUGCUUGAAGUGUUAGAAAGCCCGGUCAUGGCUUCUCCCCGGCUGGAGACAUUCUGCUGUCUCAACAGGGAUCCUGCCACCCAACUAGUGCUAGAUUAUCAGCCGAAGGUGUUUGGAUCUCUCUGCAUUGGUAGCGGACUGGUCAGUCUGCUGCUGACUAUUAUACAACUGUUACCUAAAACAAAACAAGGUUACAGAAAACGAGGAAAGUCCACCUUGCCUAAACCUUCCUCGUCAAGGAUACUUCUUCUAGUCAUUGUCUGUGACCUACUUGGAUGCUUAGGCAUUACACUCCGAUCAGCAGUAUGGAUAUCUUCCCCAUCUUUUAUUGGCAAUAUAUCAGUAAGGAACGCCACAGAUAUUUGGCCUAUCGCUUUUUGUGUAGGAAGUGCUAUGUGGAUACAGCUAUUUUACACUGCAAGUUUCUGGUGGUUGUUCUGCUAUGCAGUGGAUGCUUACCUAGUGGUUAGAAGAUCAGCAGGAAUAAGCACAAUAGUCCUUUAUCAUAUCAUGGCAUGGGGCUUGUCUCUUCUGCUUGGCAUAGAAGGUGUUGCUAUGCUUUACUACCCAUCAGUAUCUAAUUGUGAGGAAUCUCUGGAACAUGCUAUUCCUCAUUAUAUCACGACCUAUGCACCUCUACUGCUUGUAAUGGUGGCUAAUCCAAUCCUGUUUGGCAGGACUGUCGCUGCGGUUGCCUUAUUAUUAAAAAGAAGACAAGGAAUCUAUACUGAGAAUGAAAGACGCCUAGGAACAGAAAUUCAGAUACGAUUUUUCAAGAUCAUGCUGGUCUUCGUGAUAUGUUGGCUGUCCAAUAUUAUCAAUGAGAGCCUUUUGUUCUAUUUGGAAAUGCAGCCAGACGUCAAUGCAGAUCAGCUGAAAAAUGUCCGGAAUGCUGCUCUUAUCACAUGGUUCAUCAUGGGCAUACUGAACCCAUUGCAGGGCUUCCUGUUUACACUGGCGUUAUAUGGAUGGACAGGAUGGGACAUCGAUUUCAGCUUUCACAAAAAAGAAAUUCCAUGGGAACAUCCGUCCAGUUCAUCAGCUGUGGACACAGCACAAAAUGGCAGAGUUGGUUCUUUCCUGAACUAUCCUGGCUAUAUCCAGGACGCAAACAAGACUGAAAUGAGCAAUAGCCAGCAAACUGAUGAAGCACUGAGCAUGCUCUCUGAAGGUUCCGAAGCUAGCACUAUUGAAAUCCACAUAUCCAAUGAGAUGCCAGAUUUAGAUGACAUAGAGGCUGACGAUGAAUCAGUGGAAAACAGCGAAAACCAAAAGCUGGUGAAAUGACUGCCAAACCGAGCCAAUCCCAGGACGCCGACCAUGAGUUUUACCCCAUCCCAAACCGCCAUUUUAAAUGACAAGACCAUGAAAAUUCAGUUAUAUUGAAGUAAUAUAUGUGGACAGCAACGGUUACCCAACAUAGUAUAAAAAAAACCCCAUAAAUGGUAUGAGCCAUAACUACAGUAGUAGGGGGACUGACAUAUAAUACCUAAUGAGAAAAUAAUUCCUUUUUAAAAUCAAAAUAAAAGAAAUUUCAGAGCUGUGUCCUAUGCAUUAUCCACUGAACUGCCCAGCAAGUAAUUGAUAACG